UGCUCCCAGAGCGCGCAGCGCGGCGAUCGGCGGUGCGCUGUGUCCCUUGGACACAGCGGAUCACCGAUCCACGGAAAGAGCCAAAGAUGUCGGCUUGGUCAUGUGAUUAGCUGUGUCCAAUUACAGCUGAUCACAUGUAAACAGGGAAAUGCCGGUUAUCAGCAUUUCUCUCCUCACGAGCUGUCAGAGCACUGAUGAUCAGUCCCUAGCAGCACCACCUGUCAGUGUCCAUUAGUGCCAGCUCUUAGUGCUCAUCCAUGCCACCUGCCAGUGCCCAUCAGUGCCACAUCAGUGCCACAUUUUAGUGCCCAUCAGUGCCACACCAAUGCCACAUAUCAGUGCCCAUCUGAGCUGCCUUUCAGUGUCACCUAUCAGUG